CCCUUAUCACACAGACUGCGUGAAUAAAGUGGGGGAAAGAAGAGAUGAAUGGGUGGGCUCCUCGUGCUUACGGAGUAACGAUAGUGAAGUACUCUAUACAUGCUCAGAAAACCACCUAGCUCAUUAAGACCGUGCACAACCCAAAGCUGUCUAACACACCGAUCAACAACAGCGUACCUCCGCAGACUCUCCCAACCUUUGCUUUUUCCCAUUGAAAUUAACCCCAUCCGUUUCCCUGAAGAAAUAUACCUGGGCCUCCCACCCUCUCUUUCCUCGACCACACCCCCUUUGGGCUCGGCCCGCCCUUUCCCCUACGCGGUGGGGUGGGGUUGGAACUGGCAGCAACUACACCUGGCAGCACCUGGCCCAGAUAAUGGCAUUACACCCACGCAGAGUUCGAUUGAAACCCUGGCUGGUAGCUCAGGUGGACAGUGGUAUGUAUCCAGGCCUUAUCUGGCUUAACAGGGAGGCAAAGCGAUUUCAGAUCCCUUGGAAACAUGCAACUCGACACAGCCCUCAACAUGAAGAAGAGAACACCAUUUUUAAGGCCUGGGCUGUGGAAACAGGAAAGUAUCAGGAAGGCGUCGACGAUCCGGAUCCUGCCAAAUGGAAAGCCCAGCUGCGGUGUGCUCUCAACAAAAGCCGAGAAUUCAAUCUGAUGUAUGAUGGCACCAAAGAGGUGCCAAUGAAUCCUAUUAAAAUUUAUGAAGUGUGUGAUAUCCCACAGAUCCCGGGAGCAAUCUCGAACCCAGGCUCUACUGGUUCAGGUCCAUGGGAUGAAAAGGAUAAUGACCUUGAUGAUGAAGAUGAGGAUGAAUUAAACCAGUCUCAACAUGUACCCAUACAAGAUACCUUUACAUUUCUUAAUAUAAAUGAUUCCCCAAUGGCACCGACUAGCGUGGAGACCUGCAGCCCUGAAGCUGUGUGGCCAAAGAAUGAACCUGAGGAUAUAGAGAUGCCAAUGCCGCCUCCAGCUCUGCAGCACGAUAUGUUCAGCUCUCCUGAACUCUGGAUUAGCUCCCUUCCAAUGACAGACCUUGAAAUCAAGUUUGAGUAUCGAGGCAAGGAGUUUGGGCAGACCAUGACGGUCAGCAACCCCCAGGGCUGCAGACUCUUCUAUGGAGAACUGGGUCCUAUGCCAGAUCAAGAAGAACUCUUUGGCCCCAUUAAUCUGGAGCAAGUAAAGUUUCCGGGGCCAGAACAAAUCACAAAUGAGAAGCAAAAGCUCUUCACAAGUCGCCUGCUUGAUGUCAUGGAUAGGGGGCUGAUCCUGGAGGUCAGCGGCCAUGCUAUUUAUGCCAUCAGACUUUGCCAGUGCAAAGUGUAUUGGUCUGGGCCAUGUGCGCCUUCCUCUACCACCCCAAACCUGAUUGAAAGACAGAAGAAAGUCAAGCUUUUCUGCUUAGAAACAUUCCUGAGUGAACUGAUUGCCCAUCAGAAAGGACAGAUUGGUAAAAAUCCACCAUAUGAGAUUUACUUUUGUUUUGGGGAGGAAUGGCCAGAUGGGAAAUCUAAAGAGAGGAAGCUAAUCGUUGUUCAGGUAAUUCCAGUAGUAGCUCGGAUGAUCUAUGAGAUGUUCUCUGGUGACUUCACCCGCUCCUUUGACAGCGGGAGCGUGCGCCUUCAGAUCUCCACCCCUGAUAUCAAGGACAACAUUGUUGCUCAACUGAAGCAACUCUACCGCCUGCUGCAAAAUCAUCAAGAAGGCUGGCCAAUGCAGCCACCAAACAUGCAGAUGACUCCACCCCUCGCAGCACAGUGAUGACCAGGUUUUGCCAAAAUGAGGAAUUCCUUGGAUUAGUAAACUGUGUGGAUACUGUAAUUCAAGAGUAUUUUUAUUUCAAUUUAAAUUACACUUAAGUGGAACCUAAGCAGGAACGGAUAAUGUAUAAUACAGUCUGGUUUAAAUGUAAUUUUGCCUUAAUCCAGCUCAAUGUUUGCAUGUAGGCAAAAACUUUUGUCUUGGACUUAACCGUUUCACUUGGACAGUUUAUGUAAAUAUAUCAAAGGAUGUUUUUAAUUGUGCCUGUGAUCAGAUUUAAGUGUUUUUUCAAAACGGGCAUCGAAAGCCUCUAGCAAAAACACUUUAAUCCCAGUUUACUCUUAACCAAUGGCUUGAUAAAAGUCAAGUAUAUUAUGUAAACUGCGUAUUUCUACUUGAUGGGUUUUUGCCUAUUUAAAGCUGGCACACAUGAAAUAUUUGAUCCAGGCAAAGCAACUCUUUAAUUGCCAUAACUGUGUUUGUAUUCUACCUCUUUAAUUAGAAUACUCUGGAUUUUGUCUCUAGCAAACUAUUGUUAGCUGAUAGCAUGCCUCUUCUGAAUGCAAAUGAAACAGCUUUUCAUACGUUAUUCUUGAAAAAAGCAUGUUUAAUAAAACUUUAGAAUGACUUGAGCUGGAUCUCACAAGAAUAAAAAUAUAGUAAUGUAUUAAGUUAAUGCUAAGCUGUUAAAUAGAAACCUAACAAACAGUUCAUUUAAUGUGAUCCCAUGUUGAAUGCUACAAGUCAGCACAUUAACUGACUACUGUACUUCUACUACAGAUAUUUAUAUACUGCCCUUCAACCAAAGUUCUCAAAGUGGUUUACAUAGAAAAAUAAUACAUUAAUAAGACCGUCCCCUGCCCCCAAAGGGCUCACAAUCUAACGUGGAAAAGGGUCAGCUACAAUCGGUGUAUGCCUGUCUGAUUACUUACGAAGGAAAACAAAGCCAUCUUCAGUGCUGCUCCUCAGACUGAAACUUUAGCUCCGCUCCCGUGUACUAGACUUCCAGAAGAUAUAAAAAGGCACCAAAGCCCAUUUACUCUGUGCAGAAGUUGUUUUCACAUGGAUGUAGGCAGACCUGAGAAGUUUGACUAUUGCUACAGAUGUAAUCCAGCCAGUUGUAAAUAUGUUUUGAAUGCUAAGCCCCAGCUUUGUGUAUGUUUUAGAUACUACAGACUUCUUGCAUGUGUGCUUCCUAUGCUGAAAAGUACAUUAAAAUGUAUUAUCAUAAGUAUUUUGCUCACCUAUAUGUUCAUGACUAUUCCAUGUCUGACUAGUGGUUAUGCAUGAUGGCUGCAUAAUCAAACUGCAUACCUAAGUUAACUAAUAUUCAGUUCUGUUUUAGUUUAGCAUUUGAUUUAGAAUGUUGCGAUUUGAAAGAGUUUUGUGCAUGGGGAAUGUAUAGGCAGACUACUUGGAUCAGAACUGGGUUCAAAUUCCUAGACUAAAUGGUGGUGUGAGGCAAGACAUUGGUCCAAUAAACAUGUAUACUAUUUUGUGUA